CUCCCCAAGGGCGUCGUCAACGUGGUGGCCCAACAUCAAAGGUGCUGCGUGCGUGAACUUUUCAUCCCGAAUGGAUAAUCUGUGAUAGGUUCCCCCUUUUGCGGACUACGACAUCUGAUUCGGUUGAUGUUUGAUCACGUUUAUGUGAAAAGCACUUCGUUAAAUAUCGCGUUCUUUAAAUAUCAUUCCACCUGACCAAACGCCGUACUUUGGAGAAAGCAAAGUGUUUAAAAUUUCAUCUCAAACGCGCUACAAAAAUUCCAAACGAUGUGCGUUAUCUCUGUGCGUUGCUUUCUUGUUUGGUAAAUUUUCUCUUUUGGCACCGUGCCAUAUGACCAGUCCUGGCUGGUAGUUCAAGUGUGCUGGCUGGCUGUGUGUAGAGCUAAUCGAUAUUCAAGCGGGUUCCGGUGGCGUGAGAGCAAGACAGGAUACACCGAGAAGUGGUCGCGUCCCCAUUGGAGCUCGAGUUGACGAAUGUAAGAAGCAGCCGGAGGAGAUUGGUAUUGUGCGACCAAAUUUCGGCAGGAUAUUAAGAACCUUCGGUGCAACACUUCGUCGCCAAUGUCUAGAGGAUGUGUGUGUGUUUGUGUGGGAAAGUUUGGUGCAAAGUUUACGGCUUCCGCUAUUCGUAGUACGUGGCCGAUAGUUUACGCUUUAAAUGUCGCAACCAACAUGAUAGGUCUGGAAAAAUAUUAAUGCAUCAUUAGGGUGGACAACAACAACAACAACAUCAAUAUUUAUUAUAACGGCCACAAUAAGUGAGCCAAGUGGCAAAAAGGCACGGUUCUACGUGUGGUAUUGAUUCAACAGGACGUACGAGAUCCUUUGCAAGAGAUAGACACAGAACAAAGGUUCCUCCUCGACGGUUAAAUAGAACAACAAAACCGAAUUCGAACAGUGCCGGUCAGUGCCGUCUGGCAGCGAGUUGUCCAAUAGCAAGAAACGCAAAAGACAACCGGGACCGGGCGACAACCGAUGGCGUCACAGAAAAGUUCGACUACACCGGCCCUAGCGGUAACGAACCGUAUCCUGCGCUCACCGUCACACGAAAGCUUCUCCACCGAUCUGUCGCUAAUAUCGAUUUCCGUGUCGUCAAUGAAUUCGGAAGCGACCAGCGUACUGAACCGGUCCAGCUGCAGUUUGCUGAAUCGCACGAUGGAGGAAAAACUUGGCAGUCUGCUGAACCCUAAGGAUAGUAAAAGAAAUCGCUCAUCGACACUUACCGAGCGUUGGAACGAAAGUAAUGAUCUCAUACGAAACUGUGCCACACUGUCGGCGGCGCUGGGCAUACACAAAAGCUUUAGCACCACCGACAUCUACCAGCUACCAUCGGAUCAGCACAAUCUGGGCCGGCUUUCGACGUCCGAGCUGGCACUGACACCGUUCCAGAAGGUGGGCUAUCUGUUUGACCAUUCCCGGCUGGAACAUGCGUCCCGUUCCUACUCGACGUGGGUUGCGGUCGGGGAGCUAGCAUCCACCUCCCAGCUACCGUCACCGCACGGUGGCCAGACGUCGCAGGUGCCGACACUGACCAGCACCACCAACCCAACACCGAGCUUCACCGUAACCGAUCUGAUCAGCUCGGUAAACAAGAAGAUACGACAGAACUACAUCCGGCGGCGGCUGUUCACGACCUACCGUGCGCUGGAACGGCUAUCCCAGAGCGAGUUUAAUCUCGAUCGUCUAGAGGCGGCCGCCUUUGCCGCUACCAAUCCCGGCCCGACGGAACUGAUCGUACCGUCCACGAGCAUGUCGAACGCAUCCGCUUCACCGGUGGGCGGAAAGUCCACCAGCUCGCCGGCACCGAUCGGUGAGGUCGGCACGCUGCCUGAGCAUGGUGCAGCAGCGUUAUCGUUGAAAAAGUCCACCAGCACCAGCGGAACGGCGGCCAGUAGCAAUCCACGGCCACAUCACGGCCCGAAGAAACAUCUCACCUUUCACGAUAUUGAGAACGAGCGUGGCAAACCGCUGUCCAAGUACGAACGUCACAUGCUUAUCUUUAACUGGUUGCACACCAUCGACGAUACAGCGCUGGAGAUCGAAAACUGAUCUCCACAGGACGAUCUGCGCUCCGACGUCGGUACGGUACGUAGUGAUCGAGCUGGUGCCAUCAACUGAAGCGUUUUGCUACACACACGUAGCUUUGCUUUACAACCAAAGAGCGGGGCUGCAGUAUAAUAUACUGUCCAAAGGAUGAAAUCGGAAGCGAAUGGAUUAAAGUCCCCCCCAACCCCCUCCCUAAAACACACACGCACACCGAAGUGCACAAAAGAAAUUUAUUUACACAACCAUUCGCACUCGAAAACGUUAGCUAUGCCCCUUAUUGUCGUCCUGCUUUUAUACCCAGGCCCUCCCCCAGUCACUAAGUGCAUUGUUCUUGUAGGUUAUUGAGGGAUACACGUGUGUGUAUUUUUGUGUACCAAAAAAACCAUGCCACCAACGUGUGCAAUCAAUGUAAGAACGCUCUCCCGGCAUUGGCUAAAUAUUUUGACCAAUUUUGUGACGUGUGCUGCAUUUAUUAAUUUUUAAUUCGCAAACUCAAUUUCUAAUUCUUUUAAGUCAGUAACACAUUUUAUCUUCAUUCGUCGGAACAGAAUUCAAGUAAAGUCUUUAAAAACAAACCUAUCAACCAUCACCGAACGUUACACACAGUAGAGGAAGUGGAUAAGCUGCUUCCAAUUAAGGGAAUUAUGUCUCGGGCGGCCUGGUGGUGUAUGUGAGAAACGGCGCCGGUCCAUACGGGCAGGACCGCGGAUCAAAUCCCAUCCGGACCUUACGCGGUAAAAAUAGCUCUCGUAAGCCAGAAAUGGUCAACAUGACUCAGAGGUCGUUAAAUCCAGCAGGAGAGAGAGAGAGAGAGAGAGAAAGAGAGAGAGAGAGAGAGAGAGAGAGAGAGAGAGAAAGAGAGAGAGAUGUCUCGUGCUUGAAAUGUUCGAUGGCUCUCGGUCGAUCAUAAUAGUGUAUAGUCUGUGUGGUAGGUCCAGGACUGAUUAUCCUGCUGAGGCUUGAUCGAUAAUGGUUGUAAAGUCCAAAAAAAACGAUACACGAUCAGCAGUGAAACUAUAGGAUAGCGCCAAUAUGCCAAUUAUCUUAUCUAACAGUUCAAAAAUCCAUUCCCCUGUGACGACUGUGACCAUUAACAACAGAUUCACCUGUCUGCAGAUGGAUUCGUCUGUCUUCUUGUGUAAGAUAAGGCUUUGUACAGUGUUGGAGGCAUGUUUUGUGAGUGAUGUUUCUUACUUUGAGGAACUGAACAAUUUAUAUUAAUCGAUCAAAUUUUGAUCUUCUACAAAAUUUGUAGCUAGAAUCAUAUAAGCUUUUCAACACACGAGAGGAUUCUCUCUGGAUGUUUUGUUAUCAAUAUAAAUAUUACUGAUUGCAACAAGUCAAAAAUGGAAAGCCUUGUUACAUUACGGUAGCUUAAGUUAAAAUCCUUUUCAACAGUUUAACUCACACAAAACUUGAUAGAACUCUUGCAUCUGUAGGAAGCCUUAUCUUGCAAAUCUCGAAACAAAUUCCAAACGUGCUACAAUUAUGGUGACAGUAACAAUUAAGAAACUAGCCAUCUGUACCAGAACCAGCCAAAAACAACCGAACAAAGAGAGUGAGGAACCAGAGAUGGCGACGUAGUUAACGUACGCUUGUGCUGGCUAAACCGUACCAUAGAUAACCUUGCCACAUAUUUUUAAUCUUCCUCCAUACGUAUGAAUAAACUGCUGCAGUAGAACGUCACACGCAACGGUGAAACGUAACAAAUAUAAGGACGCGCUGUACCGAAGGGAUCGGUUAGAUAUUUUUUUCUUUCCUGUUGUUAUGUCAAUGUUUGUCACUUGUUGUAAACCCCCCCGGCAUAUCUGCCCCAAAAAUUAGUGCCGCAGAUGAAAGUACACGCGCAAAACCAUAUUACACAGCCAAACCCAAAGCAAAAACAAAAAAAAUGCAUACAUUGGUUUGUGCGUUCGGUUUUUUGCUAACCUUUUUUUUGUCUCAACACAUUUUUGAUACUUCUUUAUAUAGGAGAUAAAUCGUUUUAGAUAGUGCAGAUUACACAUUGCUAGGUAAUGAAUCUUUAGCAAACUUUUAGGUGCGGUGAAGAGUUGUUGUGUGUACACAAGUGCAAACGAAAGGAUGUUAAGUGCUUUUUGCUUCAUACGUUGUAUGCCAUAUAUUUUUACUGCAAUGAAAAACCAAAUGAAUAUUACAAAAAAAAAAAAGCGGUCACAAGCUAAGCCGCGAAGAUUUGCGUUAUGCUAGUGAAAUGGCGUGAGUAGAACAUUUAACAGAGUGAAAAGUGAACAAAACGCAUUAGAGAACAGGAUAUGAAGAAUGUAUGUAAUAUGGAGUAUUAGGUUCACGCAUGUGUGUGUGCUGUUGUUGUGAGAUAACAUUCACCCAAAAAACGAAGAUCCAAUCUAAAUGUCGUACUAUGCUGAAACAAUUUUACAGGCUACAACAUAUAUAACAAAUAUCCUUAUACCGAAAUACCAUCGUAAUUGUACAUAGGAUACACUUUAAACAGUGGGAAACAUCUAACAAUAAAUUCUUACAACAUUAAACGUAAA